GCGUUCGGCUUUCAUCUUCUCAUUUGAAAUCUGACAUCGAUGAAGGACAUCGACAUCAGUAUCAACGUCUAGCCCUUUGACCGAUAAUGCUCCGCCUCUAGACCAACCGAAACCUAUGUCGUCUAUCGAGGCCCGUCGCAUGAAACGCGCGCAAAAGAAGGCUGCUGCCGUUGCCUCCCCAUCGCAGCCCUCAGAAGCAGAACCCAAAAUUGUAGCAACUGCCCAGCAGAGCCGGUUUCACCGCGAGACCCUUGAGACGUCAUCUAAAGACAUCGACAUGCAGACUGUCAACAUCAGCGUCAAUAACCUCGAUCUCCUCGUCGAUGCACAUCUGCGGCUCAAGGAAGGCGUCCGAUAUGGUCUCGUGGGGCAGAAUGGCGUCGGAAAGACGAGUCAGCCCCUCCCUUUCAGUACAUACACGUGCUUAUAUGUCGAUAACGCAGUGCUGAUGAGAUGCAUGGCAGACAACAUUCUUGCUAUGCCAAGCAAUCUCAAUAUCCUCCACAUCGCUCAGCUUGAGACGUUUGACGAGACCACCACUGUGUUGAAUGAAGUACUUGAAGCAGAUAAGGCAUGCACGAAGGUUUUGCGCGAAUAUGAAGGUAAAUUAUCUCCUCGCAUUGUUUGUCCAAGCUAGAAUCCACUCUCAUAGUCUUGCACGCAAUACUGGGAGACGCACCUCAGUCCACCUCGUCAAGCACCGCCCAGUUGAAUACUGCGCUUCACAACAUUCUCAUUUCUCGAAUGGAAACCCGCGUGAUUACCGCGCAACAACUCGCACAGAAACGCUC